AGCACCAUUGUGAAGUUGUGGCGUUGGGAGACCCCAGUGGGACAGAAGUGAGGUGGACAUAUGACAAGUCUCAGGGCACCUGUAUAAGGAUCCUACAGAAAGACUCUACAAAUGGCAUCAACAUCUUCAAUAGUGAGAAGGAAUGCCUGAGCAAGUGCUCCACAAUAUAUGGCUCCCUGUACCCCCCUGGAGCUGCCGUGUGUAACCUCACCCAGGACCAGGGUCCAUGUCUAGCCUUGAUCUUCAUGUGGUAUUAUGACAAGGAGCAGAAUGUCUGUGACUCCUUCUUCUAUGGAGGUUGUCAGGGCAAUGGGAACAGAUUUGAGGACAGGAAUGAAUGUACCAACCUGUGCGUGGUGAAAAAGAAAUCUGGGAAGUCUGGCGCCCUUGAUGCAGCUCAGGACUCAGAGCCCACGAAUUCAGGAUCAGAUGCAGGUCUCAUUAUCGGUGUCAUCUUUGGAGUCAUUUUUGGCAUCGCUUUUCUCGUCACACUUGGGCUGUACUUGGUCCAGAGGAAGAAGUUAAAGAAGCAGAAGCACCAGCCCGUGCCGGCCACCGAGAUGAAGUAAAGGGAAUGAAAAUCUUUUAUACCAGAAAUUUCUACAAUAAAAUGUAAAAGGAAAAACUUGUGUGAGCUGCCUGCUGUAUAA